CCGGCUCCGCUCUUCUGCCUUCUCCUCUGCUCUCGGCUCCCCACCCCCUCCCCUCCCGAGCCCUCCCCUCCUCUUCCCUCCCCUCCUCUGCAGCGCGUGCAUUAUUUUCUGCCCGCAGGCUCGGCUUGCACUGCUGCAGCAGCCCGGGGAGGGCUGGUAACUUGUUGUGCGGAGCGAGCGAGCGGCGGCGGCGGCGGCGGCGGCGGCGGCGGCACCAUCCAGGCGGGCACCAUGGGCACGUCCGCGCGUUGGGCGCUCUGGCUGCUGCUCGCGCUGUGCUGGGCGCCCCGGGAAAGCCGCGCCACCGGAGCGGGAAGAAAAGCCAAAUGUGAACCCUCCCAAUUCCAGUGCACAAACGGCCGCUGUAUUACGUUGCUGUGGAAAUGUGACGGGGACGAAGACUGCGCUGAUGGCAGUGACGAAAGGAACUGUGUAAAGAAGACAUGUGCCGAGUCUGACUUUGUGUGCAACAAUGGCCAGUGUGUCCCCAGCCGGUGGCAGUGUGACGGGGAUCCCGACUGUGAAGACGGCUCUGACGAAAACCCAGAACAGUGCCAUAUGAGAACAUGCCGUAUAAAUGAAAUCAGCUGUGGCGCCCGUUCCACUCAGUGUAUCCCAGUGUCCUGGAGGUGCGAUGGUGAAAAUGAUUGUGACAGUGGCGAAGAUGAAGAACACUGUGGCAACAUCACGUGCAGCCCCGACGAGUUCACCUGCUCCAGCGGCCGCUGCAUCUCCAGGAAUUUCGUCUGCAACGGCCAGGACGACUGCAGCGACGGCAGCGACGAGCUGGACUGCGCGCCCCCCACGUGCGGCGCGCACGAGUUCCAGUGCAGCACCUCGUCCUGCAUCCCCCUCAGCUGGGUGUGCGACGACGAUGCCGACUGCUCCGACCAGUCGGACGAGUCCCUGGAGCAGUGCGGCCGCCAGCCGGCGAUGCACACCAAGUGCCCGGCCAGCGAGACCCAGUGCGGCUCCGGCGAGUGCAUCCACAAGAAGUGGCGCUGCGACGGGGACCCCGACUGCAAAGACGGUAGCGACGAGGUCAACUGUCCUUCGCGAACCUGCCGCCCUGACCAGUUUGAGUGUGAGGACGGGGGCUGCAUCCACGGCAGCAGGCAGUGCAACGGUAUCCGGGACUGUGUGGACGGCUCCGAUGAAGUCAACUGCAAAAACGUCAAUCAGUGCGUGGGCCCUGGCAAGUUCAGGUGCAGAAGUGGGGAGUGCAUAGAUAUCGGUAAAGUAUGUAACCAGGAGCAGGACUGCAGGGACUGGAGUGACGAGCCCCUGAAGGAAUGUCAUGUAAACGAAUGCUUGGUUAAUAAUGGUGGCUGUUCUCACAUCUGCAAAGACCUCGUUAUAGGCUAUGAAUGUGACUGCGCAGCUGGGUUUGAACUGAUAGAUAAGAAAAUCUGUGGAGAUAUUGAUGAAUGCCAAAAUCCGGGAAUCUGCAGCCAAAUUUGUAUCAACUUAAAAGGCGGUUACAAGUGUGAAUGUAGUCGGGGCUAUCAGAUGGAUCUUGCCACUGGCGUUUGCAAGGCAGUAGGCAAAGAGCCAAGUCUAAUCUUCACGAAUCGAAGAGACAUCCGGAAGAUUGGCUUGGAGAGGAAGGAAUAUAUCCAGCUAGUUGAACAGCUAAGAAACACUGUAGCUCUUGAUGCGGACAUAGCUGCUCAGAAACUGUUCUGGGCUGAUCUAAGCCAGAAGGCCAUCUUCAGUGCCUCAAUUGAUGACAAGGUUGGUAGACAUGUUAAAAUGAUCGACAAUGUCUAUAAUCCUGCGGCCAUUGCUGUUGAUUGGGUGUACAAGACCAUCUACUGGACUGAUGUGGCUUCUAAGACUAUUUCCGUAGCUACCCUUGAUGGAACCAAGAGGAAGUUCCUGUUUAACUCUGACUUGCGGGAGCCUGCCUCCAUAGCUGUGGACCCACUGUCUGGCUUUGUGUACUGGUCAGACUGGGGAGAACCAGCUAAAAUAGAAAAAGCAGGAAUGAAUGGAUUUGAUAGGCGGGCCCUGGUGACAGUGGACAUCCAAUGGCCUAAUGGAAUUACACUCGACCUCAUCAAGAGUCGUCUCUACUGGCUUGACUCCAAGUUGCACAUGCUGUCCAGUGUGGACUUGAAUGGCCAAGAUCGCAGGAUUGUCCUCAAGUCUCUGGAGUUCCUAGCUCAUCCUCUCGCGCUGACCAUAUUUGAGGAUCGUGUCUACUGGAUAGAUGGGGAAAAUGAAGCAGUCUACGGUGCCAAUAAAUUCACCGGGUCAGAGCUGGCCACUCUGGUCAACAACCUGAACGAUGCCCAAGACAUCAUUGUCUAUCAUGAACUCGUCCAGCCGUCAGGUAAAAACUGGUGUGAAGAAGACAUGCCGAACGGAGGCUGUGAAUACCUGUGCCUGCCAGCGCCACAAAUUAACGAUCACUCUCCAAAAUACACCUGUUCCUGUCCCAGUGGGCACAAUCUGGAGGAGAACGGCCGGGAGUGCCACAGUUCUGCAACUCCUGUGACUUACAGUGAGACAAAAGGUAUCCACACAACAGAAAUUGCACCAACUAGUGGACUAGUUCCUAGAGGGAUCAAUGUGACCACAGCAGUAUCAGAGGCCACUGUCCCCCCAAAAGGCACCUCAGCUGCCUGGGCCAUCCUUCCUCUCUUGCUCUUAGCAAUGGCAGCAGGAGGUGGCUACUUGAUGUGGCGGAAUUGGCAGCACAAGAACAUGAAAAGCAUGAACUUUGACAAUCCUGUGUACUUGAAGACUACUGAAGAGGACCUGUCAAUAGACAUUGGUAGACACAGUGCUUCUGUUGGACACACGUACCCAGCAAUAUCGGUUGUCAGCACAGACGAUGACCUAGCUUGACUUCAGACCUUUGAGGUCUAAAACCAUUAACCCUCCACCUCGAAAUGGUAACCGAGCCAGAAUCUGAAGUCUUUCUUCCUCCAGUCUGGAAGAACAUCAAGAUAUCUUUACGUGGAUCAAGCUUACAUACUUGACCGUUUUUAUAUUACUUUUGUAAAUAUUCCUGUCCACAUUCUACUUCAGCUUUGGAUGUGGUUACCAAAUAUCUAACCCCUGAGUUUCUAGACAGUAUUGCCACAUCUGGCCAAAUAUGCACUUUCCCUAGAAAGCCAUACUCCAGCAAGGACCCUCACUUGUGCUAUAGUGUAUACCAUCUGUACAUACAUUGUAUAGGCCAUCUGUAAAUAUCCCAGAGAACAAUCACUAUUCUUAAGCACUUUGAAAAUAUUUCUAUGUAAAUUAUUGUAAACUUUUUCAAUGGUUGGGACAAUGGCAAUAGGAUAAAACGGGUUACUAAGAUGAAAUUGCCAAAAAAUUUGUAAACUAAUUUUGUACGUAUGAAUGAAAUCUUUGACCUCAGUGGAGGUUUGCAAAGACUGAGUGUUCAAACUACUGUACAUUUUUUUUCAAGUGCUAAAACAAUUAAACCAAGCAGAUUA